AUGUCAUUGCAAUCCCAUUCGAUUAAUGCUUUACAACUUCCGUUUUUUUGUUCAUCAAAUUCAUUAUUGUUCUAUUUGGACGAUUCAACAUCCUUCUCUCAGAUCUUGACAAUCUAUAAUCCAUACGAGUUUCCUGUCAAAUAUAAAGUGUUAUGUACAGCGCCAAGAAAAUAUCUUAUAGCCGAACCGCAAGGAGAAAUUCGUGGACAACAUUCAGUCGACAGCGUCGUGAGACUGCUGGACAUAUCGUCUUCGUCAUCAAAUCAAAACAUUGUACAUAAAAUCCGAAUACAAUUUUAUGAUAGAAGAAAACCUCAAGAUCUCAUUGGUAAAAGAGAUGUAACAUGUACAAUUUUGUCCUAUAAACCUUUAGAAGAGAAUUUUGAUGAUGAUAAUGCUGCCAGUUCUUCGGGACGCCUUCGACCCCCGUCUUCUUCGUCUUCUUCUUCUCAGUCAUUAGCACCCGCAAAUCCUGCCAAUGUUUUAACGCAAGACAUUCGAGAUCCGGUUGUUGUAUUUUUGAUGACCAUAGCCGGAUUAUUAUCGGCUUUUGUGUUAAUUUUACCUAGUUUACCAGAGGAAAACACAAAUACAAGAAUACCACAUUAUCUUCACAUGAGUGUUAAUUCCAAAGUGAUUGCAUCAUAUGUUCUAGAGAAACGGCUUGUAGAUAUCGUCAGCUGUGAGAUAAAAAAAACAAUGAAAACUUUUUGGAAAAGUUUUGAAUUAACUCAAUAUUUGAAAAUUGCUUUUGAAUAUAAUGAACAAAAUGGUAGUUUAAAUAUAUUUUUGAAAAAUGAUCAAAUUGAUGAUGAACAACAAUCAUCAAGUAAAUCUAUCAAUUUAAUCUCGAACAAUAUUUAUAAUUGGGAAUUACAAUCAAAUUUAAAAUGUAAACAUCAUGAUAGAAAUGAUACUAUCAUAUUAGAUAAUAUUCUGACAGAUAAUAUCGAUGAUUGUGUCAUCGAACAGCAUGUUAACAAAUCAUCUAUUCCAGAUUCACAACUAAUAACAAAAAUUAGUUCCAUUAAACAGUGUGAUGACGAUGUAAUACAACAAUCAGAUAACUAUAUUCAUCAACAAAAAAAUUUAAGCUAUAUACAACAAGAACAAGAAUGUGAAAUACUGUAUAUGCAAUUGACUUCUUUAUUCGUUUAUGAUGAUGAUUUAAAACAAGAACAACAAAAAUUAUAUCCAUAUGAAAUGAAUUUUUUGUCUGAUACUGAUGAUUAUGAUUUGUCUAAUUCAUCUUUGACUCCAUCUGAUGAUGGAUAUGCAAGUGUUGAGGAAAAAAUUCAUGAACAUCAUUGUAUAGAAAAAAAGACAGAAAAACAGCUAGUUCUAUAUGAAAGAGAAACUGUCAUUAAAACUAUUCUUUAUCAAAAAUUAGACAAAUUUUUCUAUAUACGCCGAUUUGUAUCCAAUCUGUUAGAAUUAAAACCAUUUCAACACACAGUUUUAACUAUGAUGAGUUAA